AAUCAAACAUCAUUUUCAACUGAAACAGAUAGUUCAGACUCCUACCUGCAGAAAUGCGAUUCUCGACAUCAUCUUAACUAAUCUGCACGAGUAUUAUGAAAAACCUCUAAUAAUGCCCCCUUUUGGACUAUCCGACCACAAUACUAUCAUUUCAUCUCCAAAGGAAAGAGCUAAAGAUCUAAUCUCUAAUGGUACCACCUUUAAGCGUAAUAUUAAUCCAAGUUCCAAACGAGCCCUGGGAAGAUAUCUAAACUCGAUUGAUUGGCCUCAAAUUAUUCCAUCUACUAAUGAUUGUGAUCAGCUAUCGAACAUGUUUCAAAACAUAGUCCUUACUGGGGUUAAUAUAUUAAUGCCGAUGACACGAUCAAAGAAAUGUCCUGUCGAUGCCCCCUGGAUAACGAACCAUUUCAAAUCGCUGAUCAUUGAAAGGCAGAAAGCUUUUUCUACCUAUGGCCCUGACUCGAACAGUUUUAAAUCUCUUCGAAACCAAGUAAAUCGAGAAAGGAAAAUCUGUAAAUCAAAUUAUUAUAAACUCCGUGUACAUCAAAUGAAACAAACAGACUCCAAGGAAUGGUGGAAAGAAGUAAAGCGUUUAAGUGGAAUGGCAUCUACUAGAUCUAGUGAUAUUAGAAAUAUAAUAGAUAUUGAAAACCUCGAACAAUUAUCUGAGCAAGAAUUAGCUAACAAGAUCAAUGAAGCUUUCUUGGAUCCCUUAUCU